CCGCCCUCUUCCAAGAUGGCCGCGGCCGCCUCUGUGACAGGCCUGAUCACGUGGGCACCCUCGCCUAUGAGGUCGCUCGGGCUUGAUCGGCGAUUGUCCCUUCCCGGGUCCCGUCCCGAGGCGGCGACUGCCGCUGUCAACCGGAGCCUGAGCGAUCAUGGCAACGGGCUCGGGCGGGGAGCGCGUGGCCGCGGUGGCAGCAGCGGCAGUUUGGUCGCGGGCCGGGGCGGCGGAGCGGCGGCGGCGACGGCGGUGGUGGCACAGGCGCUGGCACCGGCCCUGAGCGCCAUGCAGCGGGGCAGCUCCGAGAGGGAGCUGGCGGCCGGGUGGGAGGCGGAGGAGGCGGCGGCGGCCAAAGCGCAGGCGGCGGCGAAGCAGGUCCGCGCGGACGCGGGCGCGGCGGGCGAGCCGGAGCGCAAGGCAGGGGAGGAGCCGUCCAAGGACCCGGCCCCGGUGCAGCCCCGCGCGGCCGACGAGGGGGACGCCCGCAGCCUGCCCCGGCCGCCGCCCGCGCUGCCCCUGUCGGAGCCGAAGCCGGCGCCCGCGCACGGCCUCUGCCAGCACGGGAAGCCCCGGUGCAAGGGCCGGAGCUGCAAGCGGAGCUCGGGCCGCGGGCCGGACGGCCACCGCUCCCAGCGGCCCGUCACCGUGGACAGCUCCAAGGCCAGGACCUCCCUGGACGCCCUGAAGAUCAGCAUCCGCCAGCUCAAGUGGAAGGAGAUCCCAUUUGGCCGACGCUUGCCUUGUGACAUCUACUGGCAUGGAGUUUCAUUUCAUGACAAUGACAUAUUCUCCGGUCAAGUGAACAAGUUUCCAGGCAUGACGGAGAUGGUGCGUAAAAUUACUCUGAGCAGAGCAGUGAGAAUCAUGCAGAAUCUCUUUCCUGAGGAGUACAACUUCUACCCUCGCUCAUGGAUUCUGCCUGACGAGUUCCAGCUCUUUGUUGCUCAGGUUCAAAUGGUAAAAGACGGUGACCCCUCCUGGAAGCCCACUUUCAUUGUGAAACCUGAUGGUGGUUGUCAGGGUGAUGGAAUCUACCUCAUUAAAGACCCCAACGACAUCCGCCUGGCAGGAACCCUCCAGAGCAGGCCGGCGGUGGUCCAGGAAUACAUCUGCAAACCUCUUCUUAUCGACAAGCUCAAGUUCGAUAUUCGUCUGUAUGUCUUACUAAAGUCCUUAGACCCCUUAGAGAUUUAUAUAGCCAAAGAUGGACUCUCUAGAUUUUGUACUGAGCCAUAUCAGGAGCCCAGCCCCAAAAAUCUACACCACAUCUUUAUGCACUUAACCAACUACUCACUGAACAUCCAUAGUGGUAACUUUGUCCAUUCGGACAGUACUAGCACAGGCAGCAAAAGGACUUUCUCGAGCAUUCUUUGUAGGUUGUCUUCCAAAGGUGUUGACAUCAAGAAGGUCUGGUCUGAUAUCAUCUCCUUGGUGAUUAAGACUGUCAUUGCCCUGACUCCAGAGCUCAAAGUUUUCUACCAGUCGGACAUCCCCGCAGGGAGGCCGGGGCCCACGUGCUUCCAGAUUUUAGGCUUUGACAUUCUUCUAAUGAAAAAUCUGAAGCCUGUACUACUUGAAGUAAAUGCAAAUCCCAGCAUGAGAAUCGAACAUGAGCAGGAACUUUCUCCGGGGGUGUUUGAAAAUGUCCCUAGCCUUGUGGAUGAGGAAGUGAAAGUGGCCGUGAUCAGAGACACACUGCGCCUCAUGGACCCACUUAAGAAGAAGAGAGAGAAGCAGUCUCAGCAGCUUGAGAAGCCAUUAGCCACAAAGGAAGACCCCUCAGACAGUGAGCUGGCCAGCGCGGCGGACGUCAACACCAAUGCCGAGGCCCACCUACCCUCCAUCUGCCUCAAGCAAGUGUUCCCCAAGUACGCGAAGCAGUUCAACUACCUGCGCCUGGUGGACAGGAUGGCGAACCUGUUCAUCCGGUUCCUGGGAAUCAAGGGGACAAUGAAGUUGGGACCAACAGGCUUCCGUACCUUCAUAAGGAACUGCAAGCUCAGCAGCAGCAGCCUGUCCAUGGCCGCUGUGGACAUCCUCUACAUCGACAUCACAAGGAGAUGGAACUCCAUGACCCUGGACCAGCGUGAUUCAGGGAUGUGCCUGCAGGCCUUCGUGGAGGCUUUCUUUUACCUGGCUCAGAAGAAGUUCAAGAUGCUGCCGCUCCACGAGCAGGUGGCCUCGCUGAUCGACCUGUGUGAAUACCACCUGUCCCUGCUGGAUGAGAAGCGUCUGGUGUGUGGCCACGGUGGCACAUCGGGGGGCCGGCCUGCUUGCGGUGGCACUCCCCAGGAGGCCGCCCUCUCGGCCCAGCCGGCCGAGGGCAACCCCCUGCCCUGCGUGGACAGUGCCCACAAGCUCUCCCAUUCCAGACACGCUCUGUCCUGAGGCCCUUCUCUGUCCUCCCGGAAGAAGAGGCUGAAGAGGCCCCGGGCUCCUCGCCUGUGGCUCCCGCCUGAGACGCCCGCGAAUUGUCUCCCCGUUCUGCUGAGCUGCGCUUGAAGGCUGAUUCUUGCCCUCCUUCCUCCCGGCGCCUCUCAGUGGUCCACCUGCUUGCCGGUCCUCAGUGGACAGAUGACAUCCAAAAUGCGACAGAUGGCAUCUUCUAUUCUGGGCUCGCAGGAAGCCACAACAGGGGUAAAGCUGCUGCGUUAGGGGCACGGGGCACUGACAAUCCCAAGACUGAGGGCUGUGGGGAAGAGAGCCUGAGGAGGCCUAGUCGCGGGUCUGCCCAGGACUCUGAGAGAAUGUGGGGGAAAGCCCGGAACAUCGUAUUUAUUUCCUACCACCCCCUCUGUGGAAAUGAAGAGGAAAUAUCAAGUGGGCGGUGGCGCCGCUCCCUCCCGAUCAUGUGCUACGUGGGUGUAGUUAGCAGAUUAGCCUCAUUUGCUUCAUGAGCUUGCCUGUUGCUGCAAGGUUCAGUUUGUUAUUAAUUAAGAAAUAAUUAACUCAGAAGUAACUAAGUAAGGCUCUUAGAGUCUCGGAGCGGGCAGGAGCCUCCAAGGUCAUUUUGUCUGAUUUUGUUUGACCUUGACCCCAAAGCAGGAGUCAGUCCCGUGGUCUAGGGGCCUCUGAUUAGAACCCUCCCUGGGUGAGGUGCUCACCACAGGGCCAGCGCUUUCACAGCAGGCACUGCCAGAGGGCCCCCGUGUGCCCAGCACGUGCCGGGUGCCCUGGUGGGAGGAGGGGCUUCAGAGGGGAGGGAAACACGACCUGGGUGGGAAUCUGAGUGAGCCGAGCAGGAGCUUGAUGUCAGAAGCUCAGGUGCGGUCACGGGGCGAGGGAAAGGGGAGUCUGCACUCUGUCUCCAUCUGUCUCCAUCUGUGUCCCCAGGCAGCCCUGCUCUCAGAGGGGAAGGCUCUGGGGCACCCAAAGGUGGCAUUUUGGAAACAGCCACAGGCAAGUCAGGGUCCAGGCCCACUGAUGACAGGCAGAUGGGAGACCGCCCUUGCAAAGCUCUCCGGAGCAUUGCUGGAUGCGGGGCUAAAACGGCCCUUUCUAGAGGGUCCCUUUUAAAGGACCCUUGGGGCCCUGAGAAGAGCUGAGCAUCGCCCCAAGCGAGGAGGAUAAAAGGUCUCUGAGGGCGUUAGCACGGUGCCUGGCACACAGUGGGACUCAGGAAAUGCUCGCGAAGGUAGGGCAAGGGGGAGGGUCCUGGGUGGCACAAGUGUGUCCUGGAUAAGCACGUCUCCUUGUCCUCUUCCUCUUUUCUUCUUCCUUUCCCAUCCUUCCCUGUCUCUCCAUUCAAGUCUCCAUCAUUCACACCAAUGGGAGCGGCCGACUCCAGCUCCCACACAGAGCCCGGCACGUAGCAGGUGCUCCAAAGUGUCUGUUGAAAUGACUUACUAGGAUUCACCCUCCUGGCACUAUUUUUAAACCCGAAGAGAACGUUGUCGAUCCAAGAUCCUUCCAACCGUUGGCGAGAUAGUUUAGAGCAGAGCGCCCCCGUUAAUCCUCGCCCGCCCCUCCUUCCCGCCAGAAGCCCACUCUCUCAAUGAGGAAAGCCCGCCCCCCAUGCAGUGUGGCUCCUGUCCCGCUGCCUUCCGCCUGCUCCUCAGGGCACGGGGCAGGGCCCAGGCUGAUACCCUUCCCCUAUCCAGAGGGGCCCAGCAGUAGCCGAGCCCUGCAGUGACCAGGCUGGGCUAUUCUGUGACAGGAGACACUGUCUUUAUAGAAAGAAAACAAAUGUCUUUAUUUUCCCCUCAAAAAGCAGGACAGGUGGCCUAAGACGGGAGGGGCAGGAGGAACCCCAUGUGCAUUGAGCGCCUCCUACAUGAGGGCGUUUCAGAGGUGUCAUCAGCUCGAUGCUCCAGGCUCUAGUUUCGUAACGCCGUCCCCAUUUUCAGAUGAGAAAAGAAAGGCCUGAGAGGUCACGUGGUAGAGCCAGGCCUUCGUCCAGAUCUGUCAGUGACUCCAGAGCCCCAUCUCCUCUCUGUCCCCCCGUGAGGGUGAAUUCAGCUCCAAAUACAGACCGCUGGUGGGUGCCCCCUGCUCUGGGGCUGCCCGCAGUCUCCCAGGGCUCUGCUUGCUGUCACAUAGGCUGGUGGCACGGGCCAGGGCAAUCAAUGUUCCUAAGUGGUCCGCUGUGAGACGCAGAGCUUGAAGACCCUGAACCCGCUCUUGCAGUCCCUGUGGCCAGAGCAAAUGGAUUUCACCGUGAAAGCCCCAAGUAAAUGCUCUUGGGCACACUUGUCAGCAGCUGGGAGCAGCCAAGAGUCUUUUACACAAAGCCCGAACUUUACCCCAUUUCUGGAAGUUGAUUUCCAGAAAGCAUUCACUUGCCAAAAUGGAAUGCAAUUUUCAGGUCCCAAACCAACCAAGCACACUGAAUUUUUUGGAAAGAAAAUUAUCGAUAGGUUGAAUUCCAGCCACAUUGUUUGGGGUGACAUGAAAACGUAACUCUCAUGAUCAGGAAUGUCCCCUCCCCACCUCUUGGACGUCAUCCUGCCAGGGUCACCUGUGUGUUAGGAAAUCGGGGGCCGUUUUACAAGAGGCCGGUAGUGACAGGCGGGGCCCUUUUUUCUCAAUGAUGUGGACCAGGAAGAAUCAGGCUGCUCCCUCCUCAGAGCGAAGGCUCAGUGACUUCCCCCACCUCCUCGUGCCUAGCAGAAGUCCCACUGGGUUCACCCCAUCACCCCCUUUGGUAAUUGGCCGCUCAUUUUCGGGGUGUAAGUGAAGGGACAGCAAAAGCAGGUGUUUCCUGCCCCCUGGAGGAGAGGACCCGGAGCCGGGAGCCAGGAGCCCGGACCCAGAGAUGCUGCGUAUAGAGCUUGGCCUGCGGGACAAGCCCAGUCCUGGGAAGGGCUCUCAGGACCCAUCCCGCUCUUCUCCCCCACUCCCUCCUUCCCUCCCUCCCCCUCCUGCUGAUGUCCCCCUAUGCGCAGUCCAGCCACACCGACCCUGUCCCUGUUCACUGGCCGAGUCCCUGGAGGGCCGGCACUCCAGAGUGGGUUCAAUGCAUGGACACGUCAGGCUCAGCCUGUUCCAGCUUGGGGUGCAUCGCUGGGCCACUGCCCCCCACCCUUUUCCACUGUGCCUGCCUGCCCCUUCUGGUGUGCUGCGACAGCGCCCUUUCCCUUCCAUGCUGGCCUUGACUGCUGCCUUCCUUCCUGCCUCCCCGGGGGAUGUGCUUAGCUUCUCCGCUGUUACAAUCAGGAGUUCUGUCCCCACGGCCUGGCCGGAACGGAACCGGCAGGAGGUGCUUGUAAGGGUUGGAUUCAGUCCGGCUGUUCGCAGAGCUGGUCCCAACAGGCCCCUCCCCACGUGCGGAGGCAGAGACCCUGGAGACAGGAGCCUCCUCCGUCCCCAAAACGAGCCUUCCUGACCCCUGCUGUUUCUCCUCUGGGCCUCUGUCCACUCUCCCUCACGCAGACGUCAUCAUCUCUUGCCUUCACUUCAUCAGCCUCCCACCUCUCAACCCCACAACCGUCCUCCACCCGCAUCAGCCGGAAGGAACUCAGAGAGCCAUAGAGCUGACCGCAUGAUCCCCUCCUUCAGUUAACCCACAUCUCUUCCUAGAUAAAGCUCCUUAACCCGACAUUCAAGGCCCCUCGUAACCCAGUCCCAUCCUUCCUCUCCACCCUGAAUGCGCGCCGGCCCGUGACCCUGUGCCUCCAGGGCCCUUUGUAUCUGCAGUUACCACUCGGGAAGAGAAUGUGCUGGUUCCCGCCACCGUGGGAGGCACAGGGCCAGGAACUGCUCCGUGCUCUCCUGCCCCGCCGUCCCCUCUGCCUGGACGGCCUCCUCCCUCCGUCCAGUGGAAACUUAUCUUUCAAGGUCCAGCUCAAAUGUCCCCACUGCCAUCCCCCAGACAGAAUGAACCGCUCCCUCCGUAUAAUUGCGAGAAUCUGGAAAGUUCCUUUAUUAUCACGCUUCCCUGUGGUAUCACAGCGUUCGCUCCCACCGAGCUGCGGGUUCUUUCAGGGUCAGGCAGCUGCUGGAUUCACGCUGGCCCCCGGGGCGCAGAACAGGGCCCAGCAGGUGCCAGUCAAAGUAGCAGGAAUGUUCAGCAGCCCCAGGUGAGCAGCCUGAGUGACGAGACAGUUCUGCCCUCAGCCCACAGACACGGUGAAGAAGCAUGGGUUUCUAAACCUUGCCAAGCGCUCGCUCAACACCUCCAUAUCCCCAGCUGCCUUGCUCUCUCCUGGACACAGCGGGACUCCCAGGAGCCCACAGACAAUGGCUUCUGACCCUGGGCAGUCUCUCUAUGGCCCUUUGUGCAUGGGCUUUGUCCCCCUGGGAGCCGCCCUCCCACUCAGCCUUGGAGACUAAGGGCCUCCAUCGGGCGUCCAGCCUGUCCCUUCCACUCCACCGCAGUCUGUGUUUGCGCGGGGUUGUUGGUUCAGAGUAGGGAAUCCCCAUGUGAAUGUCCGUGGUGGGGGGAAGGUCGGACCAGGUUGGGGAGGAGCCCAGACAUUUGGAAUGGUGUUCCGUGCCUUUCUAGAACCAACUCCUUUUCCCACGUAAGGGUAACAACACCUGUUCGAUGCUUCGCAGUUUGCAAAGCACUUUCACAUCCAUCCUCUCGUCUGAUCCUCCCACCGCCCCAGCGAAGGGUGAGGGUUCUCAUCACCUGCUUUUCACAGAUGAGGAGCUGAUGCCCAGGGGGCCUCGUGACUCGUUGAAGGCCUCAAGGCUGGUGAAAGGCAGAGCCGGGACUCACAGAGAGGCCCUGGCUCCAAAUCCUAGGCUCCUUUCUCGGCACCGUAACUGCUCUGCACAGUGUGUCAACACUCGCAGCAGGCCAGUGGGGACAGGAUUUGGGCCCCAUUUCACAAACGUGGAAACCCACAUCUCAGAGAGGCUGGAUGAUUGCUCAGCUAGUCCUGGGGUUCUGGGGGUUUAACUUGGGGCCGUCCAACCUGCUCUUCCCACGCUCGGCACCCCAGGAGGGCUCCAGCUUCCUCAGCCACACAAGGGGUGACAGGUCCUCCCUCGCCUGGUCUCUGGGAACAUAAGGCGAGAAGCAGACAGCAUGGUACGCGUGGAAGUGCUUUGUAAACCGAAGUGCUGCUCCAACAGCCUGUUAUCUUCACACUGGCGCCGGGUUCCCUACAAAGUGUAAAGGGACGAAGGAACAAGGUUCCUCCUUGAAUGUUGUAAUCCAUCAAGACAAAUGAAGCCACAACAGCCGGCUCCUCUCCCUCCACACCUCCCCUCCACCCGAAGAUGCUCGAAGACAUUCACGGGGUGAAAAAUGGCUUCUGCUGCUCCUCCCACACCCGGAAUUUGCCUUGUGAUUGGCAGAGUAUUACUCCAAAAUAGCUUAAUUUUUUUUUUUCACUGCUUGAUUAAUGCUCUAAACUCCUUGGCCCUAUCAUGGAGAAUCAGGCUGGAAUGUUCAGCCUUUGAGCCCCGCCCCUGGGAGCUCAGAGAUGAUGACAUCUCCAGUCAGGGAGCUGUUCCCAGCGGCUGAGGGAGAAAGACAGCUCCCUCAGCCAGGUAAAUUCACACAGUGUGUGUUACCCUGAGAUCCACCUCGCCUUGAUUGAUAUUUUUGCCAAUCUCUUAUUUAGUUUGAUGAAUGUGAGAGAGAUUUUCCCACCUGGCAUGUGAAUUUCUCCCUCACGAAAUACAUCCGAAUUUUUUUCCCUUCCCGGGGACAAAGGAGCUUUGCAGAACCGUCCACAUGUUCAAUUACCUCCAUCUCUAGUAACCAAAAGUCUUAAUUUUUAUAUAACUAGGAAAACUACACAACACAAUACUUACAUGUGCAUGCCGGCAAGCGUGCGCACACACACACGCACUGAGCAACAUUAAGCUUUGGCAUAAAAUGGCAAAAUUACUGGUGUUUUUCUCCUUUCUGGCAAUUUGCUUUUGAGUCUUAUUUAGAGAGCGGGGGAAAGAAGGCUCUUCGCAGCCCUGGGGUAACAACGUGCUCACCCAGAGGCUCGCGAGAGACAUUUCCUCCGACGGGAAGACGUCGUCUAGGGCCACGGGGCUCCCCGAGGCCCCUCCCAGGCUGCAGAAGCAAGACAAGGAGCUGGGUGAUGAAAGGAUCCGCAGGGGCAUCUUCCCUUCAGAACCUCUUGCAUCAGAACGGGGAAAGCAAGCGCCGAGAGUCCCCGAGUGGUUGUGGAAAGAGCAAGGGUCCAGCUGUUGCUGUAUCCGUCGCUCUCUCCGUGUGUGGCGGUGGACCAGUGACUCGACCUCUCGCCCUAGUCCUGGCCUGUGCAGUGGGAUCGUGUCAGUAAACGCAAAGCCUGGCCUGGGCCCUGGCACCUGGGAAGUGUCUUAAUAAAUGUCUGUUGAGAAAAGGACCGGUCCCAAUAUGCUGGCACAGGACAGAUGCCAGGGAACGCCUCUGCCCACCUGGAGUCGCUGACGCAGGAGGCUCCCCGAGGUCUGGCGGGAGGUGCCGUGGGCCCAGCCCACCUCCCUCUGCCGGGGCUCUGCCGCUAGGCUGCAGCUCCCCCCUCUUAAAAGCCUUUAAAAAUUCUUUAUUAAAUUUUCAUGGCGCAUAAAGUCAAGGUUCUGUUCCUUGCCCUCAGUUGUCUUGGUAACUUCGUAAAAUGCAAUAAUAAAAUGAAGCUGAAUGUUGCUAAA